AUGACAGAAGCAAAGAGGAAACAGGAAAAUGCCAUAUGGAGGAAGAUCCAUGCCUUUCGCUACAAAAACCUCAAACUCUGGUGUGUAAACAGGCUGCCUCUUUUGGAGUGGGCACCACACUAUUGUUGGAAAAUGGACCUGCUGCCUGAUAUAGUUUCUGGGAUGAUGUUGGCAGUUCAACAGGUGACACAAGGGCUGGCUUUUGCUAUUCUAUCAUCAGUGCAUCCAGUGUUUGGUUUAUAUGGAUCAUUCUUUCCUGCUAUUAUAUAUGCCAUAUUUGGAAUGGGUCGUCAUGUUGCCCCAGGAACCUUUGCUCUGACCUCCUUGAUUUCUGCAAAUGCUGUUGAGCGUCUUGUUCCUCCCAUAAGCAAUUUCACUUCAGACAAUACAUCUGAAGUAUUGGGCUUAUCUGAGUUUGAGAUGCAGAGGAUUGGCGUUGCUGCAGCAGUUUCACUACUAGGAGGACUGAUUCAAGUAGCAAUGUUUAUGCUACAUUUGGGCAGUGCUACCUUCUUGCUAACAGAGCCAGUGAUAAGUGCAAUGACAACUGGGGCAGCUACGCACGUUGUGACUUCGCAAGUGAAGUAUCUCCUGGGAAUGAAAAUGCCAUAUAUCUCAGGGCCUCUGGGAUUCUUUUACAUUUAUGCCUACAUUUUUGAAAACAUCAGAUCCAUUCAGCUGGAAACUGUGCUAUUGUCUAUAUCUAGUAUUGCCAUACUAGUUCUUGUUAAAGAGCUAAAUGAAAAAUUUAAAAAGAAAAUUAAAAUAGUGCUUCCUAUUGAUUUGGUUCUGGUAAUUGCUACCUCUUUCAUCUGCUAUUCUGCUGACAUGGAGCGCAGUUUUGGCCUGGAAGUUGUGGGACAUAUUCCAAAAGGGAUACCAGCACCAAGAUCGCCACCUUUGAAGAUCCUCCCUGAAGUAGUGACAGAGGCUUUUGGAGUUGCAUUAGUCGGUUAUGUGGCAUCUCUAGCUCUGGCCCAUGACUCUGCACAAAGAUUUCAUUACUCUGUGGAUGAUAACCAGGAGUUCUUGGCUCAUGGCUUCAGCAAUGUGAUCCCUUCAUUUUUCUUUUGCAUACCAAGUGCAGCAGCCAUGGGACGAACCGUACUUCUGUACAACACUGGAGCAAAAACACAGGUGGCUUGUCUGAUAUCUUGUAUAUUGGUUCUUGUGGUUAUCUAUGCAAUAGGACCAAUGUUAUACUGGCUACCAAUGGGUGUGCUAGCAAGUAUUAUUGUGGUGGGCCUGAAGGGAAUGCUGAUGCAGUUCCGAGAUUUAAAAAAAUACUGGAGUGUGGAUAAAACUGAAUGGAGUAUUUGGGUCAGCACUUACGUGUUUACAGUUUGCUUUGCUGCUAAUGUAGGGUUAUUGUAUGGUGUCGUCUGCACAAUACUGAUAGUGGUUUUCCGUUUUUCAAGAGCAACAACACUGAGCUUGAAGCACAUGAAUGAAACAGAAUGCAGAUUCAAAACAGAAGCAGACUUUGAAUCUUCACAACCAGUGAAAAUAGUGUCAGUGAAUAACCCAUUAGUCUUUCUGAAUGCUAAGAAGUUUUACGCCAAUAUAUUAGAAAUAAUCUAUAAGGAGUGGACAUGUGCAAGAGAACUGUCGGAAGAUAUGAACAAGUAUGAACAGAACAUAUUGCUCACUUCAUUAUCCAAUGGAAACUGCCAUGGUGAAUGUUCAUCUUUACAACAGCAUUCCAGUGAAAGGCACCAUCUAAUAUUUGACUGCAGUGGCUUGACUUUCUUUGACUACACUGGUAUCUCUGUACUUAUUCAGAUUUAUACGGAUGCUCAAAAAAAUAAUAUAAAUGUUUAUCUGGCAAAUUGCAAAGCUUCUUUGAAAAAAGCACUGAAAUUCAACGGAAAGUUAGAAUUAGAGAAUACUGUCUUCUCUGAAUCGGUUUCUUCAGCUGUUGCGUCCAUUCAGUUUAAUAGGAACUUUUGCAAGCUUAAUGAACAUACUGAGAUUUGA